AUGAUCUGUUAUUUCAUAGAAGGCAUUAGAAGUGCAGGAAAGCUGGCGGCCACACUUUCUUGGAGGGCUGCUGGUUCUAAUGACGGCACCAUUCUCUCCAAUGACUUGGAGAGAAAUGGGGAAGCUAGAUCUCAUGACACUGAGCCUCCAACUCCCCACGCUCUGAUAAAACUGAGUUCAAGAGAUAGGAGUAGCAUGGAGGACCCUGAUGGAACAUUAGCAAGUGUUGCACAAUGCAUUGAGCAAUUGCGACAGAGUUCCUCAUCAUCGCAAGACAGAGAGAUUUCUUUAAGGCAAUUACUUGAUCUAAUUGACACACGAGAAAAUGCUUUUGGUGCAGUCGGAUCACAUUCUCAAGCGGUCCCAGUUCUUGUAUCUCUUCUCCGGUCUGGAUCUCUUGGGAUAAAAAUACAGUCUGCUACUGUUUUAGGGUCUCUUUGCAAAGAGAAUGAAUUGAGGGUCAAAGUUUUACUUGGAGGCUGCAUUCCCCCAUUGCUCAGCCUGCUCAAGUCGAACUCUGCAGAUGGUCAAAUUGCAGCAGCAAAGACCAUAUAUGCUGUGUCCCAAGGUGGUGCUAAGGAUCAUGUUGGAUCCAAAAUCUUCUCAACCGAAGGAGUUGUGCCUGCACUGUGGGAACAAUUAAAGAAAGGACUAAAGGCUGGAAGCACGGUAGAUGACUUACUUACAGGAGCUUUGCGGAAUCUUUCUAGCAGCACCGAAGGAUUCUGGCGAGCUACAAUUCAAGCUGGAGGAGUUGAUAUUCUGGUCAAAUUGCUGACAACAGGGCAAUCAGGGACUCAAGCAAAUGUAUGUUUUCUAUUGGCAUGCAUGAUGAUGGAGGAUGCAUCAGUAUGUUCUAAAAUCUUAGCUGCUGAAACCACAAAACUACUUCUUAAGCUGCUCGGAUCUGAAAAUGAAGCUUCUGUAAGAGCAGAAGCUGCAUCUGCUCUUAAAUCACUUUCUGCUCAGUGCAAGGAAGCGAGGCGGGAUAUUGCCAACGCCAGCGGUAUCCCUGUGCUUAUAAAUGCUACAAUAGCUCCUUCUAAAGAAUUCAUGCAGGGUGAGUUUGCUCAAGCGUUGCAAGAAAAUGCGAUGUGUGCUCUUGCUAAUAUAUCUGGAGGUUUGUCAUACGUCAUCUCGAGCCUUGGUCAAAGCCUUGAGUCAUGCACCUCCCCUGCACAAGUAGCUGAUACACUGGGAGCAUUAGCUUCAGCGCUGAUGAUAUAUGAUAGCAAAGCCGAAAAUGCUCGGGCGUCAGAUCCCGUGGAGGUGGAGAAAACAUUAGUAAAGCAAUUCAAAUCUCGAUCCCCUUUUCUUGUCCAGGAGCGUACAAUAGAAGCACUUGCUAGUUUGUAUGGAAAUGGUAUACUAGCAAGCAAACUUGCCAAUUCUGAUGCAAAGAGACUGCUUGUUGGUUUAAUUACUAUGGCGACAAUGGAAGUUCAGGAGGAGUUGAUAAAGUCCCUUCUUGUUCUCUGCAGAGAUGAAGGUACUCUGUGGCAGGCCCUUCAAGGCCGAGAGGGUAUUCAACUCCUGAUAUCUCUUCUUGGUCUUUCAUCAGAGCAGCAGCAGGAAUGUGCUGUUGCAUUGCUUUGUCUUCUGUCCAAUGAAAAUGAUGAGAGUAAAUGGGCUAUAACUGCUGCUGGCGGUAUUCCUCCGCUUGUUCAGAUUCUGGAGACGGGCUCUGCUAAAGCUAAAGAAGAUUCUGCCACCAUCCUCGGCAACCUUUGUAAUCACAGCGAGGAUAUACGUGCCUGUGUCGAAAGUGCUGAUGCUGUGCCCGCUUUACUUUGGCUGCUAAAGAAUGGAAGCCCAAACGGGAAGGAGAUUGCUGCUAAGACUUUAAACCAUUUGAUUCACAAGUCUGAUACAGCAACAAUCAGUCAGCUCACUGCAUUACUGGUCAGUGAUUUGCCCGAAUCCAAAGUUUAUGUCCUGGAUGCAUUGAAAAGUUUGCUCUGCGUGGCACCUCUGAGUGAUCUAGUGCGUGAAGGUACUGCAGCGAAUGAUGCAAUUGAGACAAUGAUAAAAAUAUUAAGUUCCACCAAGGAAGAGACUCAAGCAAAAUCCGCGCGAGCUCUUGCUGGGAUCUUUGAUCUCAGGAAGGACUUGCGUGAAUCUAACAUUGCUGUUAAGACCCUCUGGUCAGUCAUGAAACUUUUGAAUAUUGAUUCCGAGAACAUUUUAGCGGAAGCUUCUCGGUGCCUUGCUUCUAUAUUUCUCUCAGUUAAGGAUAACCGUGAUAUAGCUUCCAUUGCUAGGGAUGCUCUCCCUUUGCUUGUAGUGCUCGCAAACUCCUCUGUGUUACAGGUGGCAGAGCAAGCUGUUUGUGCUCUGGCAAAUCUCCUUUUAGAUUAUGAAGCUUCAGAAAAUGCAAUUUCAGAAGACAUUAUUUUACCUGCCACACGAGUUUUGCGUGAAGGAUCGCAUGUUGGAAAAACACAUGGAGCAGCAGCAAUUGCUCGGCUUCUCCAUUAUCGUGAGAUUGAUUCAGCUUUGACAGAAUCUGUUAACCGUAACGGCACAGUACUUGCUUUAGUUUCUCUCCUGGAAGCAGCUGAAACUGGAUCUGUUGCUAUUUCAGAGGCAUUAGGUGCACUUGCUUCUCUCUCGAAGUCUGUAGGAGAUAUCGGGCAGAUAAAAUCUGCUUGGAGUGCUCUUGCAGAAAGCCCAAGUAGCAUUACUCCUAUAGUUUCAACUAUUGCUGAUGCCUCCCCAGCAUUGCAGGAUAGGGCUAUAGAAAUAUUAUCACGGCUCACCCUAGCUCAGCCCAUAACUCUUGGGAGCACAAUUGCCUGUGCCAGUGGAUGCAUUUCAUCAAUAGCAAGAAGGGUUAUCAGUUCUGCCAAUGCAAUGGUUAAAAUUGGAGGAGCUGCACUUCUUGUCUGCACUUCAAAAGUCAAUCAUCAAAGUGUAGUUGAAGAUUUAAACAUGUCUAAUUUAUGUGGUUCACUCAUCCAUUCUCUUGUUGGAUUGUUCACUUAUAAGGAGGAUUCUCAAGUUUCUAGUCAGGAAAACAAGGACAUAAUAAGCAUCUCUAGAGUAUUUGAUGAGGACAAUAGAAAACAUGACUUGGAGCGAAGUACAUCAGUCAUUAGUGAUGCCAAUAUAGCUAUCUGGCUUCUUUCUGCCCUUUCUUGUCGUGAUGACAAAUAUAAACAUGAGAUCAUGGAGGCUGGUGCAGUUGAAGUUCUUACUGACAAAAUUUCUGAAUCCUUUUCGCAAUACACUCAGGCUGACUAUAAAGAGGAUGGCAGUAUAUGGAUCAGUGGCUUAUUGUUAGCAAUCUUAUUUCAAGACAGAGACGUCAUACGCUCAAAUGCAACAAUGAGAGCAAUUUCUGUGCUCACCAGUUUGUUGCGGUCAGAGGAAGGAGCGAACAGAUAUUUUGCUGCCCAAGCAGUGGCUAGUCUUGUAUGUAAUGGUAGCAGGGGAACCCUCCUCUCUGUUGCAAAUUCAGGCGUGGCAACAGGACUCAUUUCCAUGCUUGGCUGUGGUGAUGAUGACAUGAUUGACCUUUUGGAACUGGCUGAGGAGUUUUCAUUGGUCCGUUAUCCGGACCAAGUCGCGCUCGAGAGACUAUUCAGGGUGGACGACAUCAGACUUGGUGCAGCUUCUAGGAAAGCUAUACCAGCCCUUGUUGAUUUGCUCAAACCUAUCCCUGACCGGCCUGGGGCUCCAUUUCUCGCUCUUGGACUUCUAACGCAACUCGCCACCGAUUGCCCUUCCAAUCAAAUUGUCAUGGUCGAGUCGGGGGCUUUGGAAGGUGUGACAAAGUACCUCUCUCUUGGGCCCCAGGAUGCGUAUGAAGAAGCCGCCACUGAUUUGCUAGGCAUUAUGUUUAGCACGGCCGAAAUAAGGAGACACGAGGCUGCAUUUGGUGCUGUCAGCCAGCUUGUUGCUGUUUUGCGCUUGGGCGGAAGAGCCGCAAGGUACAGUGCUGCAAAAGCUUUGGAGAACUUGUUCUCAGCUGAUCACGUGAGGAAUGCAGACUCUGCAAGGCAAGCCGUUCAGCCUCUAGUCGAGAUCCUAAACACGGGCCUGGAGAAGGAGCAGCAUGCCGCCAUUGCAGCCUUGGUCAGGCUUCUCAACGAGAAUCCAUCGAGGGCCCUAGCAGUUGCAGAUGUCGAAAUGAAUGCGGUUGAUGUCCUCUGCCGGAUCCUCUCUUCGAAUUAUUCCAUGGAGCUCAAAGGGGACGCUGCUGAGCUGUGCUGUGUCCUUUUCAGCAACACGCGGAUAAGAUCCACCCUGGCGGCAGCUCGCUGUGUCGAGCCUCUUGUCUCUCUACUCGUCUCCGAGUAUAGCCCGGCCCACCACUCUGUGGUCCGGGCGCUCGACAAGCUUCUGGAUGACGAACAGCUGGCGGAGCUCAUUGCGGCCCACGGUGCAGUUAUCCCGCUCGUCAGCCUUCUCUACGGCCGCAACUACUUGCUCCACGAGGCCGUGUCGAGGGCCCUGGUCAAGCUGGGCAAGGACAGGCCCGCAUGCAAGAUGGAGAUGGUGAAAGCAGGGGCCAUUGACAGCGUGCUCGACAUCCUUCACGAGGCUCCCGAUUUCCUCUGUGCUGCAUUUGCCGAGCUGCUCAGGAUACUGACCAAUAAUGCGACCAUCGCUAAGGGCUCGUCGGCUGCCAAGGUAGUCGAGCCCCUCUUCCAGCUGCUGGCGAGGCCGGAUUUUGUGCCGGACGGGCAGCACAGCACCUUGCAGGUCCUCGUUAACAUCCUGGAGCACCCACAGUGCCGUGCGGACUACACCCUCACGUCCCACCAGGCCAUCGAGCCCCUCCUCCCUCUGCUCGACUCGCCUGCUUCGGCAGUCCAGCAGCUGGCGGCUGAGCUCUUGUCCCACCUCCUCCUGGAAGAGAAUCUCCAGCGGGACCCGCUGACUCAGCAGGUGAUUGGCCCAUUGGUUCGCAUUCUCGGUUCGGGGAUUCCCAUCCUGCAACAGCGGGCCGUGAGGGCACUUGUCAAUGUAGCCGUGAUAUGGCCGAACGAGAUCGCAAAGGAGGGCGGUGUGAGCCAGCUGUCGAAUGUCAUACUCCAGGCUGACCCGUUGCUGCCCCAAGCAUUAUGGGAGUCGGCCGCCUGUGUUCUAUCCAGUAUUCUACAGUUUAGUUCCGAGUUUUACUUGGAAGUGCCUGUGGCUGUAUUGGUCAGGCUGCUCCGUUCAGGAUCCGAAGGCACGGUCAUAGGAGCACUAAACGCGCUCCUCGUGCUGGAAAGCGACGACUCGACCAGUGCCGAGGCUAUGGCUGAGAGUGGGGCCAUCGAGGCCCUUCUGGACCUCCUCAGGGCCCACCAGUCUGAGGAGACGGCCGCCAGGCUGCUGGAGGUGCUGCUGAACAACGUGAAGAUACGGGAGUCGAAGGUGACUAAAUCAGCGAUUUUGCCACUGUCCCAAUACCUGCUGGAUCCCCAGACGCAGGGCCAGCAGGCGAGGCUGCUGGCUACCCUCGCGCUAGGUGACCUGUUCCAGAACGAGGCGCUCGCAAGGACGGCAGAUGCAGUCUCGGCCUGCCGGGCACUGGUGAACCUUCUCGAGGAUCAGCCCACGGAGGAGAUGAAGGUCGUGGCCAUUUGCGCGUUGCAGAAUCUCGUGAUGUACAGCAGGUCAAACAAGAGGGCUGUGGCGGAGGCUGGUGGCGUGCAGGUUGUGCUCGACUUGAUCGGGUCAAGCGAUCCGGAAACUUCACUGCAGGCGGCUAUGUUUAUUAAGCUUCUUUUCUCGAACGCCACCAUUCAGGAAUAUGCUUCGAGUGAGACCGUGAGAGCUAUAACAGCUGCAAUUGAGAAAGACUUGUGGGCUUCCGGCUCCGUAAGUGAAGAGUAUCUAAAGGCUCUAAACGCAUUAUUCGGCAACUUUCCCCGUCUUAGGGCCACUGAGCCCGCGACUCUAAGUAUUCCUCAUUUAGUCAGCUCUCUUAAGACUGGAUCAGAGGCAACUCAAGAAGCUGCCCUGGAUGCACUAUUCCUUCUCAGGCAGGCUUGGUCGGCAUGUCCAGCUGAAGUUUCUCGGGCCCAAUCCAUUGCUGCUGCUGAUGCAAUACCUCUUCUACAGUACUUGAUCCAAUCAGGCCCACCACGUUUUCAGGAGAAAGCAGAGUUUUUAUUGCAGUGUCUUCCGGGGACACUCGUGGUGACUAUAAAGCGAGGUAACAAUAUGAAGCAAUCUGUGGGGAACCCGAGUGUGUACUGCAAGCUGACUCUUGGAAAUACCACUCCUUGUCAAACCAAGGUCGUCUCAACGGGUCCUAACCCUGAGUGGGAUGAGAGUUUCUCUUGGUCCUUUGAAAGUCCUCCCAAAGGCCAGAAGCUUCACAUUUCAUGCAAAAACAAGAGCAAGAUGGGGAAGAGCUCGUUCGGGAAAGUGACUAUCCAAAUCGACCGUGUGGUGAUGUUAGGUGCUGUUGCUGGUGAGUACACGCUAUUGCCGGAAAGCAAAAGUGGUCCCUCCAGGAAUUUGGAAAUAGAAUUCCAGUGGUCUAACAAGUAG